AUGCAGAACAUGAGAAAUGGAGGAAUUGAUGGGUACGAGAGGGAGCAGGUAGAUGAAGACAGAAGAAGAGAUGGGAGAGCCACACGUUCAAGUUCGAUUAACAAGGCUGUGGAGGAUGUUGUGUGUUCCAUGACCGUCACAGCCGUUGAACCUGUUGCUCCGAUGCCGGUUGAUGAACAGAUCAACAGAUAUGAAGGAACGGAAGCGUGA